GUGCGCCUCUCGGAGCCCUUUUAGUGCGGCGGGCGGGCGGCAGCGACCUCUCGGCGUCCGCGGAGAGAUCGACCCGUCCUGUCUGUCCGUCCCGUCAUGGCGCUGGGGAAGCUACAGAAGGUGCUGAUCAGCGACACCCUGGACCCGUGCUGCCGGGAAAUCCUGCAAGCCGGCGGCCUCCGGGUGCAGGAGAAGCCCGGGCUGAGCAAGGAGGAGCUGCUGCGGGAGAUCCGGGACUGCGAGGGGCUUAUCGUGCGCUCUGCCACCAAAGUGACGGCCGAGGUGCUGGAGGCAGCGGAGCACCUGCAGGUGGUGGGCAGAGCAGGCACCGGCGUGGACAACGUGGAUGUGGAAGCAGCCACCAGGAAGGGUGUCCUGGUCAUGAACACACCCACUGGGAACAGUCUCAGCGCCGCAGAGCUCACCUGCGGGAUGAUCUUGUGCUUGGCCAGGCAGAUCCCACAGGCAGCUGCCUCCAUGAAGGAGGGCAAGUGGGACCGUAAGAAGUACAUGGGCAUGGAGCUGAAUGGGAAGACGCUGGGUGUACUGGGGCUGGGGCGCAUCGGCAGGGAGGUGGCCACCCGCAUGCAGGCUUUUGGCAUGAAGACCAUAGGCUAUGAUCCCAUCAUUACCCCGGAAACCUCGGCUGCCUUCGGCGUGGAGCAGCUGCCGCUGGAACAGAUCUGGCCCCGCUGCGACUUCAUCACGGUGCACACGCCGCUGCUGCCCUCCACCACGGGGCUUCUGAAUGACAGCACCUUCGCCAAGUGCCGCCGCGGCGUGCAGGUGGUGAACUGCGCCCGCGGUGGCAUUGUGGACGAGGGCGCGCUGCUGCGGGCACUGCAGUCAGGGCAGUGUGGCGGUGCAGCCCUCGACGUCUUCACGCAGGAGCCCCCAAAGGACCGUGACCUGGUGAACCACCCCAAUGUCAUCUGCUGUCCGCACCUGGGUGCCAGCACACGAGAGGCGCAGAGCCGCUGCGGCAAGGAGAUCGCCAUGCAGAUCGUAGACAUGGCCACAGGGAAGGGGCUGGCUGGCACAGUGAAUGGCCAGGCUCUCAGCAAGGCUUUUGCACCUCAGACCAAGCCCUGGAUAGCCUUGGCCAGGGCCUUGGGCACGGUGCUGCACGCAAUGGGCAAGCAAGCGCAGGGCAGUGUGCAGGUCUGCACCCUAGGGACACCACUACAAGAGGCUGGGAGCUACCUGACGCCUGCUGUGGCUGUGGGCAUACUGGCUGGAAGGGUGCAGAAGGAGGUGACCCUGGUUAAUGCCCUGCUGCUGGCCCAGGAGGCUGGGCUGAAGGUCACAACCACCCAUGGCGACGUGGCCCCUGAACCUGACAGCAGCACUGGCUUGCUGCAGGUGUCCAUCCAGGGCACCCUGCACCGGGUGGCAGGGACGGUGCAGGGUAGCACUCCAGUGCUGCGGGAGCUCAGUGGGGCCACCUUCAAGCAGCUGGUCCCACUGGCUGGCCCUGUCCUCAUCUACAGAGCCAAAGCCACCGAGCCCAACACACUUCCCACACUUGCUGGGCUGCUGGGGAAGGCAGGAAUCCAGCUCCAGUCCUACCACAGCUCAAGCACAGUGGCGGGGGAGAAGUGGAGUGUUGUGGGGCUCUCAGCCCCCCUGUCCAGUCUUGGUGAGCUGAAGCCACAUGCCACGGAGGUUUUCCAGCUUCAGUUGUAGCCCUCGGCCACCAGCAAGGACCCUCCCCAUGGCCACAGCACCUGGAUCCUCCCCAGCUGGGGGAGCAUGGCACCCAGCCAGUCCUGGCCCCUGUGGUGGGCUUGGAGUGGCUCUGUGCUCAAUAAAGGGUCCAGGAGGAGAGAGUGUGA